AUGAAACCAUUAUUCACAUAUCAAAUACCCGAUUCACCUUAUUGGUAUAUAGUUAUCACCGAUACUUCUCAUCAUUUUUAUUUCAAUAAUCAAGAUAAAUCAUCAUAUUGGCAAUUAAGUGAUAUACAGAACCACUACAAAAAUGGUAUUGAUAUUCAACAACAAUUGAUCAAAUCAAUUAAUUUUGAUGAAUUGGCAAUUUUAUUUGCGAAAUCACGAGGAGCUCAGUUUGAAAUAAUUUAUGAUAAGGCAGAAGAGAUACAAGGGGAUGUUGAUCAACAACAAAAUGAACAGAAACAGGCUGUUGAAGAAGAAGAAGAAGAAGAGAUUGUUGUGGAGAAUAUUCCUAGUAAAGUAAAUACAAGAAAACAAGAAGAAAAAGAACAACCAAAGGUAAAACAAACGAAUUCUAUAAUACAAGGAUAUUUAUCGAGUGACGAAGAAGAGGAAGAAGAAGAUAACAAAGAAACAGAUCAAGAACAAGAAGCAUCGCAAUCGAUACAUAUUGACGAAUUGACUUCCCAAGCACUUGCCCAACAUCAAAAAUCUACUGGAAUAGAGUCUGAUGAAGAUGGUGACAACGACAAUGGGUCUCUUGAUUUAUCUCUAAGUGAACCCGAAAACCCAGAAACAGACACCUCUUCUGCCGAACAAGACUUCAUCAACUUGUUGAACCAAUUUGUUAGACGGAUAUCAAUAUACGAAAGUUGGGAUUUAGUUGAAGAAGAAUUAUUACAAGAAUUCACUACUUAUCCUGAAUUUUAUGCUAUAUCUUCAAAACUGGAAAGACAGAAAGUAUUUCAAAAAUGGUGCACCCAACAAGAACAACAAAAGUCAUCACAACCUGACAUUGAAGAAGGAGGUGUCUUUCCCACUGUCAAAUUAAACUAUUUAAUAUUUUUACAAGAUUUCAAACAAGAAAUUAAACAAUCAUUUUAUCAAUCAUUUUAUAAUUCACAUUAUCAACAAUUGAAUGGAUUUAAUCUUUCGUCGCUGAUUAAAGAAACUAUUUUCCGAAAUUAUAAACUUAUGCUUAAUGAUUUCACAGAAUUUGCUAAGAAAUAUAAGAAAUUGAAUGUUGGAGAUAAUCGAAAUUUAAAAGUGAUGAAAUUAAAUGAAUUUUUACAAAACAAACUCCAUGGUGAUAUAAACAACACUGUCAAUUCAGGUUCAUUCAUUGUUGAUUCAAAAUUAUCGAAUCUUGAAAAUUGGAUAAAUUUGUUAAAUCAAUAUGAUAUCCCCACAAACAUCGCGGAAAAUGAAAUAAAUUUUCUUGUUGGUGAUGAAAAAAGAUUAAAUAGUUAUAUAGAUCAACUAAGAACCACCAAAUAA